AUGGCUAGCAUACACAGACUCUCGACCGAAGUCGUACUUCAAAUUUGCGAGCUUCUACAUGAGGAUCACAGACCCAGCUUGGUCUCCUUUGCACUGGCCAACAAGCAAUACCACACAAUCGCGUCAGUGUCGUUAUUUCAAAAGAUCACGUUCAACAUUACAACACCAAACCGUCUGGAGAAACACGUAGCGAAAUGCACGGGAGUUCUUGAACGGAAUCACGCCUUCCAGCACGUCCGCUCCGUUGCUAUUGUUGGCUCCUACGAUGAGGAGUUUUACAUGAGGGAUGGGUAUUACCGAUCAGACCUGACUGAAAGGGACAAGGACAACGACAUGUUUCAUUUCCACCAUUGGAACGCCGGGCGUGCGCCUUCCUUGCAGUGGGACAUCAACAACGCAAGAUUGCAUGGAAUUCCCGAUUACUCCGAGUUUCGCGAGCGUGCCAGUGGGAAUGAAUUCCACUCCACAGACGUGAGGGAAGCCUAUGAUAUGGACGAGGAAUGGGAACCCAUGGCCCAGUUAUUCGACCGACUACCUGGCCUGCGGGAGGUCGUCUACAAGUGCCAGGUUCAAUUUCCACCCUGUCUCCUCCAGGCUCUCCAUGAUAAGAUGCCGCAGAUCACACCUCGACUUCACCUUCGCGCCUUUAAACUGCGCAUGAUGAACGACACCAUUACCGCCUGGACGGACCCUGAUCCCCAUGAGAUGGCCCUGCUUAAAUCGCCUUGCCUUGACAGUCUUUGGUUUGUGGAUACUGUUGCCAGUUGGUCUCGGUGGAUUUCAAGUAGAAGCCGGGAUUCACGGGCUCGCGAGGAACAAAAGAACUUGCAUGCCUUUUGUGAAAUGGUGGAUAGGUGGCCAAUUGUACCCAACCUACACGAGGUUGGGGUGAUGGGCAACUAUACUCACGUCCAAGGCACCCGUUCUGACAAUAUUCUUCUCGCCAUUAUGAGAAACGCAGCCAAGAAAAACACCCUUCGUCUGAAGACCUUGAACUUGGAUUGCGCAUAUGUGAGUCAGAUUCUGGCAAUGGAUCCGAGUCUUGAUCUCAGUAUGCUGCGAGCCCUUCAUCUGUUAAACAUGAGUCACAAUUCGGUCAUUGAUGCGCUUUCGGCUCAGAGCCUUCCUCUACUGCGCGACCUGUCCAUACAGUUCAUAUUCACGGCUUCGUGGAAGGAAUACGACAGGGUCAAACAAUUUGUAAGAGGGUUCCGAAAUCUCGAGAGCCUGCGCGUGCGGGGAUGGGAUUGGUCUGUGGCUUCCUUUUCGGACUGGUGUGGGGAAAUAACCCCUUAUCAGACAGUCCGAAGUCUUGACCUUGGAUGUGGAGAGGAGAAUGGCGUGAUGUCAAGCUCGAUUCAGACUGAACUGGAGAUCAUGUUUCUUGGAUAUGUGUACCCCGGGGUUGAAACGCUAUCUCUGCCCAUCCGACGGUCGAAGGGCGACCAGCAUGAGGUCCGUUUAUACCAGACCCUUGGCAGGAGCUUCCCAAAGCUCAAGCGACUGGCACUGACCCUCGAAGCACUCUUGCCCGGUGUGGAGAGGCUACCAUCUCAACUUCUUAAUCCGGCUGCACCCGCUCAAACUCACCUUUCAGGAGCACCAGGUGUCUACCGGGAUCCACUAGGUGGCUGGGAUCCGAUAGUACAAUCACGCGAGAGUUACAGCUAUCUACCAUUCCCCAAACAGCCCUUCAUCAUUGGGCGCUACUCACCGUUUCUGAACGGCGACAUCCUGGACCUUUUUGUCAACUCGGCCCUCGACGCUAAACUGGCCCGUCAGAUCUUUGAUGCGAUAUCUUCCAGCUGUCACACCUCUUCCCGGCUGGAGACUAUGAUGGUCCGUAGUAAGGCCUUGAUCCGAUUUCGAUCUGCAUAUAACCCCGAGCCAGAGUCCAAUGGCUAUGUCGCUGGAACUGGGACCGGGUAUGGCCGGUACGACGAAGAUGGUUAUAUUAGACCGUUAUUGACCGGACUAACGAGACAGUGGUUACUUGAUACUCUACUUUGUAAUGAUAGUGGGGAGAGGGUUAGGGUCAAAGAGAUUGGGGCGCGGGCUGAGGGUUUAAAAAGGGAACCGGUGGAUCCACAGAGCGUUCCUAUUACAGAUCGAUUGGCUUUUUUCAAGGCAGAGUUGAUUCGUAUAGAGGCCUGUAAUAAGGGAAAAUAUUUAAACGAGCGGAAAGGGUGGUGGGAGAACGUUAGGGUUCCUGAGGAACAUUCAUUGAUGGUUCAUUUCAGGGAGUUGUGGCCUGGUAGGAAGGAGGGUGGGAGAGGGUGGUGGGAGGACUGGGAGAGUUGGGAUUUGGAGACUGUCAGUGAGCAAGGGCAAACAUAA